ACCCUGGGGCAUUCCACUAAGCACAAUGAUACAAGACAUAAUAGCUUUUUCUAUUCCGUCUGAGACUAUUUGUACUACUUCGUCUGUUGUUUUAACUGACUCUGCGGACUGCAACAAGUUAUGAAAUACCUGUGUAGUUAUGGCUGAUGCUUCACAUGUACAGUUUACUAACAAGUACGGACAAGUUCAUGUAACUUUGGAGUCACUCCUUGAUUCCACAGGUCUCAUACCACAUUCGUCUCUGCAUGAAUCAGUCAAUAGUUCACUAACAGAUAUGAAUUCUGUUCCUAUUUUGAAAUGUUCCAUACCUCUCAAUUACUGUUCUAACCAAAAUUUGUAUGCUUCGGAACAAAUGUCAACUGAAUUAAGUGAAAGUCCUUGUGUCACUGAAUCUCAGAGGCAGGCAUUAUUACUAGAUGUUUGCUUCGAACUCCUUAACCUUCUCAAGGAACAAGAUGUCAAUGGCUAUUUUCUUUAUCCACUACCACACCUCAAAGUGAGUCUUUCCAUUCGAUUCAUAGGAAACAAGUUCGACUAGUCAAUUUUGGUCGAUUUCUUUAGUGCUUGAAAACAUUUGGUAAUGUUUGAAAUGAGAGCUAUCUUUAUUUUGAGAACGGUCUCAAUAAGUAGUAGUGCUUUUAGUUAACAUCAUGAUUUGACUAUUGCGGGUGAUAUAUGCCUUCAUGUCCAUUUGGAUUACUGGACAUAGAAAAGCAACUUUUCCAGAAAUAUUACAAAAGCCUGUCUGAGUUUCAAAAAGAUGUUUCUGGACUACUCAAUAGCGCUCUUCAAUAUUAUCAAAUUGAAUCAAUGGCUCAUAAUGAAGCUCAACGUUUGCUAAAUCUAACCAUUGAUUGGUUUAGUUCAUUAAAUGUAAAUUAUGUCGCUAUUUUAAAUCGUCCACCAGACGGUGGAGUGACAGUUGAUAGAAACUCGCAAGUCAAAACAUCGGAUAAUAAUGACGUUAUAUCUAAGGAGACCUAUUUAAACAUUUUAAAUCCAGAUAAUAAUGGUAUUAUCAGUAAAACAGAACGAGUUCAAAGUAUUGGGGACGAGGCAGGUCACUUGUAUUCAGGUUCGUAUUUACUUCCUAAUGGUGGCUACCGAGAAGAUCGACGCAAUAAAAUUAUACCGUACACAUACUUAGACUAUGGCUCUUAUUACUCAUUUGCCCCAGUUUACGACAGUGGGGCUUCUCAUUGCACUCCAGAGUCAAACCAAUUGUUAUUGGGAACCACAUGGCUACCGGCACGUACUCCAUUUGUACUUGGCAGCUGUUCGUCGAAUAGUUUUGAUUCAUAUAGUUGUGCAAAUGAUUUCGAGAUCACAGAUGAAAUAAUAUCAACUGUCUUGGAAAUGGGGGAUCAACAGUUAGCUGUCUCUCUUGCGGUUGCAGAAAGUGAACAACGUGCGAUAGCCCAAUUAUCAUCUGAAUUAGAAGAUAUCAUUCCUGGUCCUGAUGUACCUGACGAAUUUGUAUUUAGUAUGUGUUUAGCUAAUGCAUUUACACGUGACCUUAUUAAAAAGGAAGAGAAAUUGUCUGCUUUCGAUACCUUAGAUUUGUGUUCAGAAGUCAAUUCUGAUGAAAGAAGUAUCACAUCUACAGAUGUCAACAACUCUCCUGCUGCAUGUGACUUAGAUUCGGCUACUCAUCAUAACUCCAUCGAUUCAAGUGUACGUUCGCAGUCUGAAGAACAAAGUAUUGCUGAUGAUGCUAAGCAAUUGAGUACAGAACUAGUUGAAUCUGCCCAAGAUUUAAAUGCACUUUAUUGCUCACAAUAUUUGAGACUUGGUGACACUUCUCAGGCUGCAAAUCUAGGCUCAACACUGCGACCAACUCCAAAUGAAAUGUCCAUCGCCCAUAGACUUACUGAAAAGCUGAUUAAGCUGACGAAACGUGCUCGUCCAGGGGAUCUCAUCCAUCCAUAUACGGUAAGAAAAGCGAUGGGUUUGAAUCCAGAUGAGUAUUUUUUACCGGAACAUUUAAUUUCAAGUGAUAAUUUUGUGAAUAGCGCGCAAAUGUAAAUAUAUAUAAACAUAAAUGUAUACAUAUUUAUCUUGUAAUUUAAGUUGUUAGUUUGUUUGAUUGUUAUGAUUUCAUCAAUUUAUUGUGUAUAAAGUUAAAACAAAAUUUUUCUAUUUAUUCGAGUUCACAAAAAUAAGUCUUUAUUUCUUUUAAGCAGUCAUAUAAUAUGAAUGAAUGUUGUGCUAAGGUGUUGUUCUCAGUCUGUCUUGUAAGCAAUAUUUACACUUUUCUUCAAAAUUUUGCUUAUUUUUAAAAUAGAAAUUGUAUAUCUCAUAAAUAUACUCUGAAUCACUGUAUAUAAAUCAUUCCUACAACUUCGUUUCUUUUUCAAUUUCUAAUAAAUUACAGUUAUAAUAUAAAAUUUUCUUGUGCAUUUUGUUUUCAUUUGAAAAUCGAAAAAAUUUCUACAAAAUCUGUUCAUCUGGUGAAGUGUUAUGCUCUGUUUUAAUGGUUUACUGUUCAGCUUAUUAACAAAAUAUUAUCCGAGUUCUGUUUCAUAUGAUAAAUAUGUAACAAA